AUGACACCUGAAGGGUUAAGUGCAGGAGGCAAUGUUUCCACGGUGAGGCACUUUGUCCUGCUGGGGUUUGCGGACCUUCCAGAGCUCCAGGGCUUUCUGUCUGGGGUGUUCAGCAUCAUUUACUUGGUCGUGCUAAUUGGAAACAGCCUCAUCAUCACCGUAACAAUCCUCGACCCUGCGCUACAGAGACCCAUGUACUUUUUCCUGGCAAAUUUUUCUUCUUUGGAAAUCUGCUAUGUUUCAGUCACUCUCCCUAGGAUUCUCUUUGACCUUUGGACUCAAAAGAGAAACAUUUCUGUGCUGGGCUGUGCCACACAGCUAUGUUUCUUUCUUAUGCUGGCAACCACUGAGUGCUUCCUGCUGGCCGUGAUGUCCUAUGACCGCUAUGUGGCCAUCUGUCUCCCUCUGGGCUAUCCUCUGCUCAUGAACUCAAAGAAGUGUGCUCAGCUGGCAGCUGCCUCCUGGCUGGGUCCACUUCCUGUCCAGAUAGGGCAAACGUGCCAGAUCUUCUCUCUGCAUUUCUGUAAGUCCAACCAAAUCGCCCACUUCUUCUGUGACAUACCCCCCAUUCUCAAACUGGCCUGCGGGGACACUUCUGCACAUGAGGUGUCUGUCUAUGUGGUGGCGAUGUUGUUUCUUGCUGUCCCUUUCAUGACGAUCCUUGCUUCUUAUAGCAAAAUCAUUUCCACCAUUCUGAGGUUGCCAACAGCUCAAGGCCGGGCCAAGGCCUUC